AUGAAUUCUUUAGUAGUAGCUGGUUAAAUUGUCAUAGUAUAUAGAACACCAAUCAUAUAUAUAUAUAUAUAUAUAUUUAAUUUCAGUUGAAUCUAUACAAAGGAAAAAACAUGGUGAGAUUCUCUGGUUCAUUUUCUUCCUCUUGUAUGCCCAACUUUUCAUUACCUGCUCAUCUUCAUCCUCUGCCUCCUCUGCUUCUUCUUCUUCUUCUUCUUUUUCUUCGUCACCAGCUUUGUGUCCCAAAGAUCAGAGCAGUGCUUUGCUCAAAUUCAAAAGCACAUUUUCCAUUGAUAGUUGGGCUUCUAUAUCUUGUGCUGAUGAAGGAAUUACUACUUAUCCAAAGACAGACUCAUGGAAGAAGGGAACAGAUUGCUGCAAGUGGGAUGGUAUCAAAUGCCAAAAUGGUACUGGAAAUGUGAUAGGCCUCGACUUGAGUUGCAGCUGGCUUCGAGGUCCUAUCCAACCCAACAGUAGCCUUUUCCAUCUUUCACACCUCCAGAGUCUCAAUCUUGCGUACAAUAACCUUCAGCAGUCUCAUAUUUUGCCAGAGUUUGCUUCACUGGUAAGUUUGACACAUCUUAACUUGUCUUUCUGUAAUCUUGACAGCCAAGAUCCAAUAAAAUUGUCUAACUUGUCUCGAUUGGUUUCUCUCGAUCUCGUUUCAAUAAUCCUCUAACUCUUGAAAACUCUGUAUGGCAUAUCCUCCUUCAAAAUUUAACUGAGUUAAGAGAACUUGUUCUAGACCGUGUAGAUAUGUCGUACAUUGCACCAAGUUCCUUCAUGAAUCUGUCAUCCUCAUUGACCAUUCUCAGUCUUGAGCAAUGUAGUUUGAAGGGUGAAUUUCCAGAGAGUAUUAUUACCUUGCCAAACCUCCAAAAACUUGUUCUGUCAACAAACCAAGAUCUCAUAGCCAAAUUCCCAAAUCUAAUUGGAGUAAUUCUCUUCAGUAUUUGGAUAUUAAGUUAACCAACAUUUCUGGGCAGUUGCCUGAUUCAAUUGGAAAUCUGAAGUCACUACGAUAUUUGAAUAUUACAAGCUGCAAGUUUAAUGGCUCAAUUCCAGUCUCCAUUGCUAACCUCACAGGAAUGAGGUAUUUGAGUCUUAGUACGACCAACUUCACUGGUCAAAUCCCAGAUUCCUUUUCAAACGUUUGUCAGCUAUCCUUGUUAUUUCUUGGUGAAAACCAUCUCACAGGACCAGUUCCAGAUAUUUUUGGUAAUCUCAGCAGGCUUAAUGGUUUAGAUCUGAGUUCAAAUGAUUUGGUAGGUCAGCUGCCACAAUCAAUCUUUUACUUUACUGAGCUUUAUCAUUUAGACUUAUCACACUAUCGUUUUGAGGGUCCCAUUCCUAGUAAAAUAACUGGUCUAUCAACAUUGAUGCAUCUAGAUUUGUCUUCUAACUCACUGAAUGGGACAUUACCAAAUUUUGUCAAUAUGUUUUGUUUAGAUACUUUGUUACUUCAAAACAACAAGUUUUCCGGUGUUGUUCAUAGUUCAAUAUUCGAAAUGAUGAACCUCACACAGUUAGAUCUUUCAUCAAACAAUUUCAGUGGGGUUUUGGAGUUGAAUAUGUUUUCAAAGCUGCAAAUUCUCACUAAAUUAACUUUGUCAUCUAACAGCCAGUUAUCCACCUCUAACAGUAUUACUCCCAACUAUCCCUUACCGUUGCUUAGUGAAUUCUAUAUGUCCUCUUGCAACAUCAGUGAUUUCCCACCCUUCUUAAGAGCCCUGAAAAACUUAACAGUUUUAGACAUCUCUGACAAUGAAAUUCAAGGAAAUCUUGAAUCUUUCUCAAAACAAGUUGACAUCCAUAAAGCAACUUCCCUGGAAAAGCUUACAUUCUGUGGACUUCAAUUCCAAUUUGCUUCAGGGAUCUCUUUUUGGUCCCUCAUCACCUGAUUCCAUCAGUUUCUUUUCUGUCUCGAGCAAUCGAUUGACAGGGGAGAUCCCAUCUUCUAUCUGCAACAUGAGUAGCCUUAAUGUCCUUGAUCUGUCUAAUAACAACUUUACUGGUGUAAUCCCAUGUUUGGGAAAUUUGAGUGAAUUUCUCCCGGUGUUAGACCUGCGUAUGAAUAAUUUCCAUGGAACCAUCCCUACAACAUUCGCAGAGGGAUGCAGUUUGAGAAAUCUUGGUUUGAAUGGAAAUCAACAUGAAGGAUCAGUACCACAUCAGUUGCUAAGAUGUCAGGUCUUGGAAGUGAUAGAUCUUGGAAACAACAAAUUGAUUGGAAAGUUUCCUCAAUGGUUGGAGUCCCUACCAGAGCUACAAGUUCUUGUGUUGAGAUCAAAAAGGUUUCAUGGUGGCAUUGGUGAUCCCAAUAUCAGUUUUCCCUUUCCUAAUUUGAGAAUCAUUGAUAUCUCACACAAUAUCUUAGAUGGACCUUUGCCUCGGAAGUACAUUGAGGAUUUUAAAGCCAUGAUGAAUAUUUCUUAUGAUAAUGAGCUUGUAUAUAUGGGAGGCCAAUCUUAUAGAUAUUCAGUGCAGGUGACAAUCAAGGAUUUGGAUAUUAAAUUGGUAAGAAUCACAUCCAUCUUUACAACAAUCGAUUUUUCGAGUAACCGUUUUCAAGGAGAGAUUCCAAGUUUCAUUGGCAAGCUCAAAUCACUCAAGGGACUCAACUUCUCUCAUAAUAAGCUUACUGGUUCCAUUCCAUCGUCUUUGGGAAACUUAACAAAUCUUGAAGGGUUAGACCUCUCCUCAAAUGAACUUGUUGGGGAGAUUCCCAGGCAAAUGGCAGAUUUGACUUCACUUGAAGUCUUAAGUCUCUCCCAUAACCAUCUUAUGAGGCGUAUACCGAGAGGGAAGCAAUUCAAUACAUUUUAAAAUGACUCAUAUGCAGGAAACUUGGGACUAUGUGGAUUUCCAGUCUCUAAAAAUUGUGGCAGUGAUGAGGGACAGACUUCUCAUCAAGCAGAAGAAGAAUCAGAUGAUUCAAUUGGAUUUGAUUGGAAGUUUGCGUUUAUUGGGUAUGGAUGUGGAGUUGUUUUUGGAAUCUCUAUAGGAUAUAUAGUAAUUUCAAGUUCAAAAUUUGAGUUAAUGUUUGCAAGAAUAGCUAUAUCGGUAGAACAGCGGCAUAAAAAGAGAAGAAGACAGAAGCAAAAGGCUAGCACAAGAGGUAGAAGAAGAAAUUAGUAUAUGUGUUUUAUAUUCAAGAUACUUUGACAAUUAUCUUAGAUUUUUUCAGUCUUUUUUUCAUUUUAUAUUUUUUAUUUUUACUCAGAUAGUGUUGAACUGUAAUAAAAUGUUUGAUUAUAACACUACCAGAGGGUUGAGACAAUGUCAUUCUCAUAAUGUGUCAACCAUGUAAUGUAAAAAUUUCUAGAAUAUAUAUAGUCAAAUCUCAAUUUUCUUUUA